AUGGCUUUGUUAGGGCAUGUGCUGCUGAGCAAACAACAUCUAGACAUUUAUAUUGGCAGUGUCCUCUUGUUGUUGCUGCUUAGUAAUUGUAGCUUCAGCUUUGGUGUUGAGAGCGACAUCAACUGCUUGAAAAGUAUAAAAGCAUCACUUGAGGACACUUUGGGGUACAUAAACUCUUCAUGGGAUUUCAGCAACAACACUGAUGGCUUCAUCUGCAACUUUCUUGGAAUCGAGUGUUGGCACCCUCAAGAGAGCAAGGUUCUGAACAUCAAGCUUUCGGACUUGGGACUAAAAGGUCAGUUCCCUCGGGGCGUAGAAAAUUGUACAAGCUUAACAGGUUUAGAUCUUUCAAGCAACAUGCUCAGUGGACAUCUUCCUAAUGAUAUCGAUGAAGUUCUUUUGUUUGUUACGUCUCUUGAUCUCUCUUCCAACAGCUUCUCAGGGCUGAUCCCCGCGACACUUUCCAAUUGCAGCUAUAUGAAUGUGCUCAAGCUUGAUAACAACCAGUUCUCGGGUAACAUUCCGGCAGAAGUUAACCAGCUAACUAGGCUUAAAACUUUUAGUGUGGCCAACAAUGCUCUGUCUGGCGAAGUCCCAUCAUUCAAUACUACAUCAAUUACAGCGGACAGUUAUGCAAACAAUCCCGGACUCUGUGGCCACCCGCUCAAGUCUUGCCAAAAGAAGUCCAAGAGUGUGGUUAGGGUUUUCAUGUCCAAUGACGGAAAUAUUAUGGUGGCAGCAGCUGGUUUUGUUAUUGGUUUUGUUUUCUCUUUUUAUUUUUUUAUUUUAAGAUGAAUUCCACCAGCUUGGUACUCUAACUCUGACGUCAUGAAAUCCCCUAGAGGUUUAUAGAUGAAGUGUAUUAAAUGGUGGUUUAUAUAUUUAUAAAUGUCAUCAUAAAAAUUAAUUAAGUUCUUAACAAAUUGCCGUUGCGAAUAAUUAAUACAUACAAGGUAUUUUUUUUCUUCUUUUUGUCGAAAUAUAUUUCGAGGAAAAUCCCAGACCUUUCCAGCUGUGUGUGGCUCAGUAUGCUCAAGCUUGAUAACAAUGAGUUUUCUGGUCACAUCACAUUCCUCCACUGCUUGGGCUGCUUCCUAGGCUUGAGAUAUUCAGUGUGGCCCAAAUCUUCUGUCUGGGC